ACGUCCACAGAUCGGACGAGAGCACUGACUUGUCUUCCUCUCUCUCUCCUCUCGUCUCCAGCGACGGCGGUGGGCGAGCUAGGCGAAGGCGAAGCGGAGGAGUGGGAGCAGAAGCGGCAGCCAUGGCCGUGAUGGAGAAGCUCAAGAUCUUCGUCGUGAAGGAGCCUGUCGUCGCGGCCUCCUGUCUCAUCGCCGGAUUCGGUCUCUUUCUUCCAGCAGUUGUCCGGCCAAUCCUGGAUUCAUGGGAGACCGCAGAGAAAGUUCCUCCACCACCUCUAAAUGAUGUGGUUGCAGGUGUCACCGGCAAGAAAAAGUAGUGAACUUGCAUUGUUUUCUUAUGUCAAUGUUGUGCCACAUUUCUUCCCCAUGUUUUCUGGCGACCAGAUUGGAAGGAUCUCCCAGUCAUGGUCUUCAACUCUAGAUGGCGACCAGAUUGGAAGGAUCUCCCAGUCAUGGUCUUCAACUCUAGAUGGUGUCCGCGGAAUAAUCAUUGUACCUGAAUCAUGUACUGCAGUGUGACAGUUUUGGAAAAUUUUUCUCCUACAAAGGUUGAUAGAAUGUCAUCAAUAUCUUUUGAACUGUGUUUAUCAGUUCGUUGUUACCAUAUUUCUCGAGAAAAAUAUACAUUCAGAAA